AUGUCUGACGAAACACCACCACCAGUAACCGUCUCUGUCGAUGUCGGCAUCGUCGGAGCGGGCUUUGGCGGCGUCAUUGCCCUUAAUACCCUCCGCAAACAAGGCUUUUCCGUCAAGAUUGUCGAGGCAGCGCCAGAUCUUGGUGGUGUCUGGCACUUUAACAAGUAUCCAGGCUGUAGAGUAGACUCCAAGGUGCCCUUCUACCAGCUCAACAGCCCCGAGCUCUGGAAAGACUUCACCAUGAGCGAAAAGUAUCCUGGCCGCGACGAGAUUUGCAAGUACUUUGCCCAUAUGGAUAAGAAGCUCGACCUGCGCAAGGACGCCCUCUUCAACCAACCCGUCAACAAGGUUUCAUAUGACAAUGCCACCAAGAUUUGGACCAUACAGUCGGAGCAUGGCCUCCAAGUGAAGUGUCGAUACGUCAUUCUGGCGACUGGCACAACACACAAGAAACAUAUUCCCCAGUUUCCUGGCCUCAACAACUACAAGGGUCAACUUAUCCACCCGUCUCGAUGGCCCGAUGACUUUGACGCCACAGGCAAAAAGGUGGCCAUUAUAGGCCAAGGGUCGACGGGUGUCCAGAUAGUCCAGGAGCUCGCCAAGGAAGACUGCAAGCUCACAAUCUUUGUGAGAAACCCACCUAUUACUUUCCGCAUGGGCCAGCAGCAAACGUCCCCCGAACAAGUCGAAGCACAAAAGCCUACGUUUUUCGACCAGUACAAUGGCCGCAAGUACGCAAAAGCCGAGCCGCAUUACUUUACCCAGGACACGGACGAGCAGCGACAACAGCGUCUUCAAGAAGCAUGGGACGGCUACUCUUUCGACUUUUUGGCGAAAAUGUACACCGAUACUGUGACAAACAAAGAAGCUAAUAAAUUCACGUACGACUUUUGGGCUAGCAAGGUCCGCCCAAGCAUCUCGGACCCUAUCAAACGAGAUAUCCUCGCGCCACUUGAAAUGCCCUAUUGGUUCUUCACUAAGCGACCCAUCAUUGAGCAGGACUACUAUGAGAUGGUUAACCAGUCCAAUGUUGACCUAGUCGACUUGCGUAAAACCAAACUUGAAAGCUUUACCGAAAAGAGUAUUGUUAUCAAAGACGGCGACGAAUCGCAAGAGAGAGAAUUCGACAUCAUCAUUGUCUCUACGGGCUAUGACGCUAUUACAGGCGGCCUUUACGACCUGGGUCUGCAUGACAAGCAUGGCACCCCGCUCAAAGAGAAAUGGGCAGAUGGCAUCAUUACACAUCUAGGUAUGAUGAUUCCAGACAUGCCCAACGCCUUUGUCUUGUAUGGCCCGCAGGCGCCGACAUCCUUUACCGACGGACCGGUGUUUCUGGAGCUCGAGGUCGAGUAUAUCGAAGAGCUACUGAAGCGCAUGAAAGCCGACGGCUACACGUCUGUCGAAGCUACGCAGGCAGCUUCGGAAGCCUGGAAAGCAAAAUGUCAGGAAGGUUUCGACGCCACGCUGUUCAAAGAAACAUCAUCCUGGUGGACUGGCGCCAAUAUCCCAGGUAAGCGUGUUGAGCCUCUCCUCUGGUACACUGGCCAGUACUCGUGGCUACAGCUGUAUAGAGAGUCACUGAAGAGUUGGGACGACUACAACGUAGAAUAA